GUGCGUGCGCGUGUGUGUGUACAAGACUUGUUGGGUCAUCGUUCGCAAAACAGAGCGCGUGCUCAUUUGCUCCCUAAUUGGACUAUAUAAGACCAAUAACCGACGAGCGCUUAUUGCCUUCAGCUAGCGCGCCAAGUGAGGAGAGGGCGGACUUAAGUUUGUUUCCGCGUAGGAUCUUUUUUACUCACUCUCCCGGCUCCUCUCUCCACCAGUCGCUCUGCCUCUCUCUCUCCCCUCUCUCUCUCCCCUCUCUCUCUCUCCUCUCUCUCUCCCUCCCUCUCUCAACUCGCCGUCGUUCCCUUAAUCCCAUUUGCCAUUGUACAUGCCCAAUCGCCUAUGCUUUCCGCAUUUAACUUGGAUGACAUUUUUAUUUCAUCAUUAGCAUCAGACACAAGACUGACACACUGGACACGGUUGCGUUGCGAACAAGACGCCAUGCAAGAGCCUGGGAUGAUGAAUAUUUAGCUAUUUUUUCUAAUAUUUUUUUUACGUUUAACAUUUUUGGCCCGCAUCUGUUUUUAAAAGUAUCGACCUCCGCGGCGUAAUCAAACAUUCAGACAUUGCAGAAAACACUGCAAGUUUUUUUGUAGUCCGGUCCUUUGCCACCAGGUAGCAUUCCUGCUACAGGCUUCUACUUUUUAUAGUUUUUUUUCCCACUGUGGUCAACGGCGGUCAGACCGCUUCCGCGAGAGACAUGCCCGAGACGACGCCCGAGACGCGCGCGCCGGCCAAGGACUCUCCGUUCUUCAUCAAGAACCUGUUGAACUGUGACAGCAAGCCGUCCAAGCCCCGGCCCAUCUUCGCGGCAGCAAGGGCGGCCCUGGAGGGGGGCUUCUCCUUCUCCUCUCAUGUCGGGGACUUCAGCUUCCCGCGAUUCGAGCUGCCGACACAGCGGUUCGCGCUGCCCGCGCACUACCUGGAGCGCGCCUCAGCCUGGUGGUACCCCUUCCCCCUCGGGACCUCCGCUCACCUGCACCGACAUGAUGUUUCCGAGAAGAUGGUCGUGCGGGAGUCCUCCCCGACCUCGGGCACCGACCGGGACUCCCCGGACCUGCUGCUCAAACCGGACCCAGACGCGCGGCGGGACGACGACGACGACGAUGACAACAAGAGCGGCGACGAGAUCAUCCUGGAGGAGAGCGAUUCGGACGAGGCCAAGAAGGACCACGACGAGCGGCCGGACGAGUGGAAGACGAAGCGGGACGAGGACGACGGGGGGGCAGGUGGCGCGGACAAGAAGCCGUGCCGCAAGAAGAAGACGCGCACCGUGUUCUCCCGCAGCCAGGUGUUCCAGCUCGAGUCCACCUUCGACAUGAAGCGCUACCUGAGCAGCUCGGAGCGCGCCGGCCUGGCCGCCUCGCUGCACUUGACGGAGACACAGGUGAAGAUCUGGUUCCAGAACCGCAGGAACAAGUGGAAGAGGCAGCUCGCCGCGGAGCUUGAGGCGGCGAACCUGAGCCACGCCGCGGCGCAGAGGAUAGUGCGCGUGCCCAUUCUGUACCACGAGAGCUCGGCGUCGGACCGCGGCGGCGGCGGCGGCGGUGGCGGCGGCGGGGGCAACGUGCCCGUGAGCCAGCCGCUGCUCACCUUCCCUCACCCCGUGUACUACUCGCACCCCAUUGUGACGUCAGUGCCGCUGCUCAGACCUGUUUGAAAGGGAGAGAGAAAGAAAGAAAAACAAUAUUAUCUUGAUCAGAUGUUAUCAGACCAUCUAAGUGUAAAAUAAGACGUAAUAUUUUUGUACGAGUAAAAUAAAAUCAUGUGAAAGAAAGAGAAAAUAAAUAAGCGACGGGGGACAUAGGCCUGUUCAGAACUGUUUUCCGUUUUAAUUUAUAGGGCACGGUUAUUAUUAUAUGGCAAUCAAAAAUAGUAGAGCAUUCAGACAAAUAUUCGUCAUUAAUUAUAAUAAUUAAUAAUAAUAAUAAUUAUUAUUGUUAAUGAUAUAUUCACCUCAGGAGUCAGUUUUGCCCUGCCUGUUGAGUGUUUUAUUAAUUCAAAACAGUUUUUACAAAUGGACAAAAAACAACAACAAUUCAAAACCCAAUAGUCAUAUCAAUAUAAUUUGAUUCAUUCGGGCCUUUUUUUUGACAGAAAUGUCCUAUUGGACUUCCCUUUAUUACAUUAUUUAGAUUUGCAAACGGAGAAUUGGACAAUGUGCAAUAUCCAAACAGAGCGCCUCAGCUGAGCCUCGUGCGGGAUGCGGUUCAUCUGAUGUGAUGAACACUCUGGACCGAGCUUGUAACGAUGGACUCCUCACGAGAAGAGCGCUGGACGGGGACAAUCAAGACACUAAUAAUAUUAGGCUACAUCUCCUAGGUGUUUGUGCAGCGAAUGGGGACGUCUUCAAAGCACAAAUGAGAUCCCAGGCCAUAUUGUGUGUUUUUAUGUUUAUUUUUCUAUUCGUUUUCUUUUAUUUUCUUUGUUUGUUUUUAAGAAAACCAUUGGUGUAUAAAUGUAAAUGUUUAUUUAAUUAGUUGGGUAGGGGAGCUACUAUUUGCCUUGUACAGUAAGAAUAACAUUUUGAUAUUGUAUUGCUGAAUUGUUGUGAAAUAAAUUGAUAAUAUUC